AUGGCGUCGCCGGAGGAGCAGUUUGGCCAGAUCUUGGCCCUGCUCGGCGAGAACUCCAAGGGGAUCGCGGACCUGCAGAGCUCCAUGGUGGAGAUGCGGGCGCUGCGGACCGACAUCAACACUCGGAAGCCCCAAGUCGACAACCACGUCAUCGAGCUGGAGCACGUGGCUGCAACCCUGGAGUUGGGCGAGGGCAUCGUCACCAUCGCGCGCCCGUCUCCAACUGUUGUUCGCGAGGAUACUUCUGCCUCUGCGAGCCCGAAGAUGCUGGGUUCCGCUCAUCUGGAACCAACCCCGCAUGGGGCGGCGUCUGGGUCAAUUGACGACGGCAAGGGAAAUCUCCACCGGGGUCCUGAGUUCGGGGUGGUGUACACCGCCAUCCCGCAACCGGCCCUAGUCACAGGUGCGACGAACCUUCCAAAUUCUCCUGCUCUGCAAUUGAAUUUACUUGGUCCUGAACACCGUGGCCUCACGCUGGAUUUGAAUGCUGCUAUGCCUCAACUGAAGUAUAUAGAACAUUUUAGUGAUAUUGUUCACCAGUUACUGAUUCAUAACCCAAACAUGGAAGCAUCCAUUAUCACCAAUCGUUUCAUAGAUGGCUUACGUGAUGAUAUUAAAGCUGUAGUCAUUGUUCACCGUCCUCCCGAUCUGGAUACUGCUAGUUCCAUCGCGUUAAUGCAGGAGGAAGUGACUACUGGUUCCAGCAAGAAGGAUUUCCGCAGAACUGAUUCUUCCAAUUACAACAAGAAGAAUAUGGUGGAGAAUGGCCGGAAUUCUAUGCCACUUACUCCAAACCAUACAAGAGUUGCUACACAAGCUAAUGAAGACAGAAGAACAAAUGAAGCCAUCAAGCCCAAGACACCACCUGAUGCAUUGUCUGAACUCAAUGAAAAAUGGGGUCCUGGACACAAAUGUCCUAAGACAGUUUCUCUCCAUGCAGUAGAAGAGCUAUGGCGGUUCUAUGAUGCAGCUCAAGAACCUCCUGACCACACUGAAUAUGAUUCAGGUGAUGAUCCGAUGACCGUUUCCAUUCAAGCUGUUAAGGGUACUGAAUCAAACAAGACAGUCAGGUUAAUGGGUUAUCUGGCUAGUCAAAAUGCUUAUAUGCUGGUUGACUCUGGUAGCACAACCUCUUUUAUCAGUCAACAACUAGCAUCUCACAUCUCAGGUCAUUCAGCAUUAGAACAACCAGUUCAAGUGAAGCAAUCCAGUCCUAUGCAAGUUCAUUGGCAAGAUAAAUGGCUUCAGUUCAAAAAGGGUGAUGAGCUUAUUACUCUCAAGGGCAUAACAUCUGAAGCUACUUCUGGACCACUACUUUCUGUUACUCAGUUGGCUGCAUUAUCGAAGGAUGAUGCCAUAUUGUAUCAAGUUCAGUUGAAACCAGCCAAUGAUAAUUCUCUGCUAACAGAACCUCUACCUACAGAAAUUAAGCAGUUAGUUUCUGAAUUUGCUGACGCCAAACCUGAAAGGGUUCCAUACCCUGGUCUUCUAUCUCCUUUACCUGUUCUAGAAGGUGCUUGGCAAGUGGUUUCACUCGACUUCAUUGAAGGUUCCUCUGGAGAUUUUGGACCGUCGCCUACGCUAUCACAACAACAAGAUGAUUCAGAAAGUGCUCGUUCGCUGGUCCCGUACACCUUCGGAGAUGUCCACCUGGGAAGGAGUUCCCCCGUGCGCCGGCUUGGGGUCAAGCCCUCUUUCAAGGAAGGAGGAGUGUUACAAGACUGA